GGGCAGUUUUCUCAAACCACACACACCAAAAAAACAAAACAAAAAAAAAAAGAAACAUAACCCUUUUUCUGUCUUUUUUCUUCUUUCUGUUUGGAAAAAGAGAAAAAAAAAAUGACGGGCUGCUUACAGAGUUGGCCUGAGCCAGUUGUGAGAGUUCAGUCGUUAGCCGAAAGUGGCAUAAUUUCAAUCCCAAAAUGCUAUGUCAAACCCCUAUCUCAAAGACCAUCGGCUAGUUCUUCUAAUAAUAUUAACAAUAACAAUUCCUCCAUUUCAAAAAGUAGUAGUAGUAGUCAUACUUCUACACCUACUACAACUAGUAGUGAAGAAGAGAUUGAUAUACCAAUUAUCAGUCUGGAGGACUUGUUCAGCGACGAAGAAAGGGUCCGAGAGAGGGCGCUCAGUUUGCUAUCGGAAGCGUGCAAAGAGUGGGGUUUUUUCCAGAUUGUGAACCAUGGUGUCAGCCAUGAACUGAUGAAGAAUGUGAAAGCCAUGUGGAGGGAAUUCUUCGGGCUUCCGCUGGAGGUAAAACAGGAAUAUUCGAAUUCUCCGGUGACUUAUGAAGGUUACGGAAGCCGUUUGGGAGUGGAGAAAGGUGCUGUUUUGGAUUGGAGUGAUUAUUUCUUUCUUCAUUUUAUGCCUCCAGCUCUUAGAAACCCAGACAAGUGGCCUUCACUUCCUCCUUCAUGCAGGGACUUGAUAAUGGAAUAUGGUAAUGAAGUGGUUAGAUUAUGUGGAAAAUUGAUGAAGUUUUUAUCAAUAAACCUUGGGCUAGGAGAGGACUACCUUCAAAAUGCAUAUGGAGGAGAUGACAUUGGAGCUUGCUUAAGGGUUAAUUUCUAUCCAAAAUGUCCACAGCCAGACCUUACACUUGGUCUCUCCUCACACUCAGACCCUGGUGGGUUGACACUUCUCCUACCGGAAGAAAAUGUGGCCGGACUCCAAGUUCGUCGGGGUGAUAAUUGGAUUACCGUCAAACCCAUUCCGAAUGCAUUCAUUGUCAACAUAGGGGACCAAACCCAGGUGCUAAGCAAUGCAAUUUACAAAAGUGUGGAGCAUAGAGUAAUAGUGAAUUCACAGAAAGACCGUGUAUCUUUGGCCUUCUUCUAUAAUCCCAAGAGCGAUUUACUAAUUCAGCCAGCCAAGGAGCUAGUCACAAAAGAUAGGCCAGCACUUUACCCUGCAAUGACAUUCGAUGAAUACAGACUUUAUAUUAGGACAAAAGGUCCUUGUGGCAAAGCACAAGUGGAAUCUUUAAAAUCCCCCAGAUAAUAUCUUACUUGUAAUGUACUAUUUCUUGGAUGAUAUCUCCCAGCUUAGAUGGUAUCUCCUCGCUUAUUUGGAAGACAAACUAAGUAUCUUAGCUAUGUUAUUGAAAAUUUAAAUUAUCCCUUUUUAUAUUUUUUUGGUAAAUUAAACUAUCCUUUUUUAUGUAUUCGACACUUGAAGCAAAUUAAUUUGCAUGCCCCACAUGUGGGGAAACAAACUGAAUGACACGUUAUGCAUGCAAGUUUUCUUUUUCAUUUUA